AUGUCCGAAGCGCUGAUCCAAAUCGGAGUAGUGGGAUGCGCCGACAUAGCCCGAAAGGUCUCCCGCGCCAUAAAUCUAGCCCCCAACGCCACCAUCUGCGCCGUCGCCAGCCGCUCACACGACAAAGCCUCCGCUUUCGCCGCCGCCAACGGCUACCCUCUCACCGCCAAAGUAUACGGGAACUACGAAGCUCUAAUAAACGAUCCAGACGUAGACGCUGUAUACAUGCCUCUUCCCACAAGCCUCCAUCUCCGGUGGGCCGUUCUUGCCGCCCAGAACAAGAAGCAUUUGCUCCUCGAGAAGCCCGUUGCUCUCGACGUCACCGAGUUCGAUCAAAUCACACAGGCCUGUGACUCUAACGGCGUUCAGUUCAUGGAUAACACCAUGUGGGUCCAUAACCCCAGAACUGCUUCGAUAGCCAACUUCCUCAACGAUCCCAACCGUUUCGGCAACCUCAAAUCGGUUCGCGCAUGUUUUACAUUUGCUGCAGAUUCUGAAUAUCUAAACAAAAACAUUCGUGUGAAGCCCAAUCUUGAUGCACAUGGCUCCCUAGGUGACGCUGGUUGGUAUUGCAUUCGCGCAAUCCUAAUAGCUUCCAACUACGAAUUACCUAAAACCGUAAUCGCCUCGCACAAACCAGUUCUUAACAAAGACGGAGUUAUAUUGGAUUGUGGAGCGUCACUAUAUUGGGAAGAUGGAAGAGUAGCAACAUUCCAUUGUUCUUUCUUGGCGAACUUGACAAUGGAUAUAACAGCUAUUGGAACAAAAGGAACUCUUCAUGUUCAUGAUUUUAUCAUCCCUUAUGAAGAGAAAGAAGCGUCUUAUUAUGUUGGUACUGAGACUAGCUUUGAUGAUCUUGUUACUUGUUGGGCUAGACAACCUAGUAAGUGUACUGUUAAAACUGAUCUUCCUCAGGAGGCUCUUUUGGUUAAGGAAUUUGCUCGUUUGGUUGGGGAAAUUAAGUAUAGAAACUCGAAACCGGAGAAGAAGUGGGCUGUGAUUAGUAGGAAAACACAACUUGUGUUGGAUGCUGUGAAGGCAUCAAUUCAGAGAGGUUUUGAGGCUGUUGAGAUUCAGGAAUGA